AUGCAUGUAGCUAUCAAAUGUAAUGAUGUCGAUGAAAUUGUCUGCAUUUUGGCGCGAAGAACGAAUUUCGAACGACAAGAACUACAGAGGAUAUAUUCGAGACUAUUUAAAAAGCCUUUAGUCGAUAGAAUGAGUCGUCUGAAAGAUCCUGACUUCAAAACAAUUAUAUUGAAUCUUUUAAAAGACCUACCAGACUACUUCGUAGAAGAACUACAGCAUGCUAUCGGGUCAAGUGAUAAGAUAACAUUAAUGCAAAUACUAAUCAAUGUUGCAGAAGAAGAAUUAACUAAGCUGGUUGAACUAUACAAGAAACAAGCUGGAAAAGAAUUGAGUGAAGAUAUUGGAACUGUAACACAGGGCAGUUUUCAAGAAAUUUUAAUGUGUUUAACCAGAAAUGAACGAUUACCGUCACUAAUCACGACCGAUGGAAUUCAAGAGGUAAAACGAUAUUUUGUAGAAACAAAUCUAAAUUUUUCAAAACAAGAAGCUCAGCGUCUGAAUACGUACUUGUCAAAAAAACCAAUUGAUAAAGACAGUGUAACUCAAUCAUUUUGUGAAGCGGACUACUUUGAUUUGGAUGGAAUUGAUACAGAAUACAAACUUCUAUUCGGUGAGUCUCUCGAGGACGCAAUUAAAAACAAAACAAGUGGGAAUUAUCAGAGGACUCUGCUUGCUAUGUUGUCCUCAGGUAGAAAACGAGCACGAUUAAUUGCGAAAUGGAUUCAUGACGCCUUGUUUUCAAGCCCAGUUAAGAAAAAACAUUUGACAAGGUUAUUAAUUACCAGAUCCGAAAUUGAUUUAUACACUGUCAUGAUUGUAUAUCAAGAAAUAUACAAAACAAGUCUUGAAAGUGAUAUCAAAAGGAGGACUGAAGGCUUAUACAAGAAGACGCUGUUAACUCUACUGGGUCUUAACAAGAAAUGUCCUUUUACACCGAAAUGAUUGCG